AUGAAGACUUCUACCGUUUUUGCACUCCUUGCCGGUACCGCCCUCGCUACUCCCCCCGCCUGUCUUUUGGCUUGUGUUGGUCAGGUUUCCAAGGCUAACGACGACUGCUCCAACGACAUGUCUAAUGUCAAGUGUAUUGUUGAGCAGCUCGGCGGCAAGAUCGAGAGCUGUCUCAACAGCAUUUGCCCCGACGGCAAAUCGGGCGCAGCCGUCCAGGCUUUCCAGGCUGUCGCUAACGAAUUCCAGGCCUCUGCCCCCUCUGGCGCCGUCUCCUCUGCUGUCCCUAGCUCUUCUGCUGCCGCCUCUUCUGCGCCUGCUUCCUCCGAGACUGCUUCUUCCCAAGCUCCCCCUUCGUCGGCCGCCCCCUCGUCUGCUCAGCCAACCCCAUCUUCUGCUCAGCCUGCUCCCUCUUCCGCUCAGCCUGCCCCCUCGACCAGCGCCGAGUCUUCGAGCUGCAUCCCUUGGACCUCCGAGGGCGACAAGACCUCCCAGGCUGCACCCACCACCACUUCCGCUCCUGCUCAGACCAGCUCCGCAUCCGUCGCUCCCGAAUCCUCAGUCCCACCUGUCUCUUCUAAGCCCAUUAAUGCCGCCGGUGCUGCCGUCGCCAACAGCUUCGGCGUUGUCGGUGCCCUCGCAGCCGCCAUGUUGCUCUAA